UUCUCGUAUAUAAACGAAAUAAGAACCUCCACCGCUUUUCGCUUCCUACACUGAGAACGGUGUUGGGUGUUGCCGACUUGCCGUGCCUCCUCUCAUCUGAAAAUGGGCAUUUUCAGGUUUCACCAGUAUCAGGUGGUCGGGAGAGCGCUCCCCUCCGAGGCGGAUCCGCAUCCGAAGAUUUACAGGAUGAAGCUCUGGGCCACGAACGAGGUUCGUGCCAAAUCGAAGUUCUGGUACUUCUUGAGGAAACUCAAGAAAGUGAAGAAGAGCAAUGGGCAAGUGCUGGCCAUCAACGAGAUUUUUGAGAAGAACCCAACCAAGAUUAAGAACUAUGGAAUUUGGUUGCGUUAUCAAAGCCGAACUGGUUAUCACAACAUGUACAAGGAGUACCGUGACACUACUCUUAAUGGUGCUGUUGAACAGAUGUACAAUGAGAUGGCUUCUCGCCACAGGGUGAGGUAUCCGUGCAUCCAGAUCAUCAAGACAGCCACCAUUCCAGCUAGCCUCUGCAAGAGAGAGAGCACCAAGCAGUUCCACAAUGCCAAGAUUAAGUUCCCCUUGGUGUUCAAGAAGGUCAGGCCUCCAACCAGGAAGCUUAAAACCACAUACAAGGCAUCAAGGCCCAACUUGUUUAUGUAAUUCCUAUCAAUGAUUAUAUCUUCAGAAGCUGAUAGAUGAAUUGAGUGAUCUAGAGAGAUCGAGAUUAGGAUUUGAGUUUUUGAAAUUUUGUUAUUCUAGGGAGAGACCUUUCCUUGUUUCCUCUUAUUGAGCUAUGCUUUAUCUCUGGUGUUCUGAACUUAGAUGAUGGAGAAGCAACUCUUAGGCUUCGGCAUCUUUGAAAUUUGCAAGUUUAAUGGCAUGCAAUGCUGCUCUAGAAUUUUAUCAUUA